AUGUUCCAUUCCGUUGUUUUUAAUAAUAAAUAUAGUUGCAACAAAUUUAAGAAUAUUUUAUUAAUUUUUCAUGUCAAUUUUAAACAUUUCAUUUCCUCUAAUAAUGAGAAAAAACACAUACACUAUGUGAGUAAGGCUAAUAGCAUAUUUUAUGAAAAUAAAAACAAAAUCUUAAAGGGAUACAUAAAUAAAAAUAUAUCAUACAGUAGAAUUCACAAUAAUAAUCAUACUAAUAAUGAACAAAGUAAUACGAAUCUUGAUACAGUGCAAGAUGAAAUAAAAGAAAGUAUAAAUCAAAAAGAAAAAGACAAUGAAACUUUAAUAUGGAAUAAUAAAUCUAAUGAAUCUAAUAUCACAGAGAAAGAUAAAUACAACGAAAAAACAAAUCAUGAUAAUAAAAAUGUGUCAAUAGAAGAAGCAAACGAGAUUGAUAAAGAUAUAAGAAAAAGUUUAAUAGAAGUUUUUAAAUAUAAACAUUUUACAGAUGUUCAAAAAAUAAUAUAUGAAAAUGUAAUAAAAGAGAGAAAAAAAAAUGAUCUACUUAUUCAAGCAAAAACAGGAACUGGAAAAACUAUAUCAUAUUUACUUUUAGUAAUUGAUGAUAUAAUAAAAAAUAGAAUUAUGAGCGUUCAUACACUUAUAAUAGUUCCAACUAGAGAACUGGCAAAUCAAAUUUAUAAUGAAGCAAAAUUAUUAUUAACUUUUAAAAAUAAUAUUAAUGUUUUGACAUUAGUUGGGGGUGUAAAAAGAAGAGAAGAUCAAAUAAAUAUAAGAAGAAUUAAGCCAGAUAUUAUUAUAUGUACUGUAGGAAGAUUGUUAGAUCAUUUUGAAUGCACAUAUUUAUUUAAUACCUUAUUUGAAAACUUAAAAAUGUUAAUAAUUGAUGAAGCAGAUCAAUUAUUAAGUCAUGGAUAUCAAAAUGAUAUAGAUAGAAUAUUAACUUAUUUACCACAAAAAAAAAGAAAUAUUCUUUUAUCUGCAACAUUAUGUCAUAAUAUUGAUGAAAUACGAAAAAAAAUGUGUAAACCAGAUUAUCUUUUUUUAAAUUGUAUAAAAGAUAUUUCAAAACAUACUAAUGAUCAAUUAAAACAAUAUGUUAUUUUUCAUAAAUCUAUUGAUACAACUAUAAUUUUAUAUAAUUUAUUAGUUGAGCAUAUGAGAUUAAAUAAGUUUAAUUAUAAGAUAUUAGUUUUUUUCCCAACAGCUCGAGCUACAUCAUUUUAUGCUAAUUUAUUCAAAAAUCAGCUAAAAAUAUCAGUUUAUGAAAUUCACAGAAAAAAAGAACCUAUAUAUAGGCAAAUAACAUCAAAUAGAUUUGCAUUAGAAUCUGUUGGAAUUUUGUUUACAUCAGAUAUAAGUGCAAGGGGUGUUAACUAUCCAAAUGUUACAUUAAUAAUUCAAAUAAAUUGUGCCAUAUCAAGAGAACAAUAUAUACAUAGAGUUGGACGUACAGCUCGAAGCAAUAAGGAAGGUAUUAGUAUUAUUUUAUUAAAUGAAGCAGAUGAAUUAUUUUAUCAACAAAUAAAAGAUUUAAAUAUACAAAAAUUAAACCCAAAUGAAUAUAUCCUAAAAAAUGCUAAUGUAUCAAAUUAUCUAAACACUUGGAUGUCAAAUACACAGUUAUUAUAUUUAGCUUAUGCAUAUUAUUCAUCCCUAUUGCGAUUCUACAAAACAAAACAUACUAUACUUAAAUUAACUGAUGAUGAAAUCAUUGAUACAGUUAAUAAUUCCCUUCUUUCUACUGGCUUAGCUGAACAACCCCAUAUUUCAAAUCAAUUGGCUGUAACAUUAAAUAUGCAAAAUAAUUCGAAGCUUAAAAUAAGAAAGGAUUUGGACGAUUUGCUGUUGUAG